AUGAUUCUCGAUGGAUCUUUUUUCAUUGCGGUAAAGCCAGGAACGCAUUGCCAAAUAUGCUUCGGUUCGCCCGUUGGUACCUCUCCGCGGCUUGAAAGAAAGUUCAACUUUCAUCGUCUGGACGAGUCUAGCUGGGCACUGUAUCUACCACAUUUCGCCCCAGGGCAGGGUGACGCCGGUAGUGGGCCUUGGCCAACCCUCGACGAUUUGGCAACCCCGUGCCUUUCUCUCAGUUUGUCUUGGUGUUUGCUCACGACGGCUAUUGAAAGCAACUAUCAAGCCGUCAGCCGUCGCCCUUUUGAGACCCCAGACAACAAGGAACCCCACAAUUGUAGAGAGGGCACCAGUCUGUCUCGAAUGAAUCCGGAUUUGCGGCCGUCUUGGUUCCAGAGCUUCUCUGCACCCUUCAGCGACCAGUCAGUGAGCGGUCGUCUGGACUUCUGCCGACCCAUUCGUUUGGGCUGA